AUGGAGUCCUCAUUACACGGAGUUUGGGAAAGUGCCGUUGGCAAUCCCUUCAUCCCUACCGUUGGAAAAGACAGUCAAUUCUCCUUGGGAUUCUCGUUAUUGUGUAUCGGAGUUCUUCUUUCUGGAUUAUUUGGUCUCAACCGAUCAGCUCUCACUCUGCCAUUACUUGGACUUCCUGCUUCAGCAGCUAUUGCGUUUGGUUCAGUUUAUAUGAUCUGUGCGGUUGGAGUAUAUGUUUAA